AUGCUGUGAGGUUACCCAUCCUCUAUCGCCGCCUACGCCGCCGAGAAGCGCCGCCGCCGCCGCCGCCGCGGCGUCCUAUGGACGAUGGCGGCCUACGCCGCCAUCUCAAACCAAGCAGCGCUAUGGAGGAGAAGUGCUCUGGGAGGAAGAAGAAGGUGAGGACGACCUACCCUCCGGCGGAGGAGGCAGCGGCGGCGGCGGCGAGUCUCCUGACGGAGGAUCUCAUCUUGGAGAUCCUCUCCCGCCUCCCCGCCAGGUCCGUCCACCGCUUCAAGUGCGUGUCCUCGGCCUGGCGCGACCUCAUCGCCGAUCCUGCCCACCGCAAGAAGCUGUCCCAACCCCUCGCCGGUUUCCUUUACAGCACCUACCACGCGCCGGACCCCCGCUUCUACCACUUUCACUUCGCCGAAGUCCCCGGCGGCGCAGCCCAGCCGGUCGACCCGUCCCUCUCUUUCUUGCCGUCCGACGAGUACUGGUACGUCGACCAGCUGGACACCUGCAAUGGCCUCCUCCUCUGCCGCGGCCACAAGUUCCCUUCUCCCCCUUCCGUGGACGGAGAUCAGCAGCUUGAACGCCAUUACAUCGUUUGCAAUCCGGCCACCGGGGCAUGGCUUGGCAUCCCCGCACUCCCCCCGGCGCCAGCCGGCCGCCGCGUCAUCGCUCGUCUGGCUUUUGAUCCAGCAGUCUCGUCCCAUUUCCAUGUUCUUCAGUUUGAGGACACCGAACAGGAUAAAUACAUCACUGGAGUGACCAUCUACUCUUCGCAAACUGGAGCCUGGACUUACAGAGGAAGCCGCCUGGUUGAGAAAGUUAGCCUGUUAAGCGGCCUUACAAGUGUCUUCUUCCAAGGUAUGCUGCACUUGAUUGGCACGCUGUAUCCCGUGAACACGGACUAUGACACUGUGCUGGUAGCAGUGGACAUGGAGGGGCAGAUGUGGAAGACUAUCCGUGUGCCAUCAGGUGGUUUGUGUUUUGAUAUGAUCGGAGUGUCACAGGGGUGCUUGCACUAUGCUGCCACACCGCUAGCUCCUGACGACAAGAAGAAGGAAAAGAAUGAGGAUACAUCAGCAGUCUGGUACAUGGAGGAUUAUGAUAGUAAAGAAUGGGUCUUGAAGCAUAGGUUGAGCUACGAUGAGUUGCGGGGCAUGACUGGUGGGGAGUUCAGGGUGGCUGCUUUUCACCCAGACUGCGACACCAUUUACUUGGAUUCAUUUGACGCUGAUAGUUUGGCAUCAUACGAUAUGAAGCUUCGGAAGUUCCAUCGGAUCCGUAGUCUUCGGACAGACAAGGCGGCCAUAUUUUUACCAUAUGUUCCAUUGUUCUCGGACUCAUUUGCAGGUGCAGAUGGGCAGUAGUGUUACCUGCAAGUCAAGCUUGUGCGUCCUCCAAGAAUGUGAUGUUCUGUAGGUGCUGAACCAUUUAUCUGUCGAUCUCUGAAUUUUCUUCAAUCAUGUCAUUUUAUUUACUGGUGCUUAUGCUCCUGUAGCUUGAUUUUCUGUUCAGAGCAAUCCCUGUAACCUUAGAGAUUAAGCAUACUGCAAUUUUGAAAGAACAUGGUUACUAUUCUUGUUGUCUGUCCAGCUAUUGUCCUGGAUACGAAUUAGUUUCAUGUCACUAAAUUAUUCUGAAA